AUGAGCGGUCUGAAUUCUCUCCAGAGGAUGAAGUUGGUCGUAGACAAUGGCGGAGGCGAAUUGAAGGCGGCGAGAGUGACAGACGAGAUCGACUACAAGGAAGCAAAUCUCGACGUGAACCCUGUUGUUCUUCCUCAUUGCACAGCCAAGUCUCGCGCUGAGAAGAAGUUCUUCGUAGCGGAUGGACUGGACACAGCUGUCGACCUCGCGUCGCUCUACAUCAGGCGACCGCACGAGCGAGGGUACAUCGUGAACUGGGAUGUGGAACAGGCAGGGAGUGAGCUUGGGAGGCGAGUACUGACAGCGUUCACUGCAGGAUGUGUGGCAGCGCAUGUGCCACAAGGACGUGCUAGUUUGCUGGUUACAGAGAGUCUCUUCACGCCCAACGAGAUGCGAGACAACCUUGACGAGUUCGUCUUCGAGGAGCUCGGCUUCAACAAGUACUGCUGUGCUUCUUCUCCCCUGCUCGCGCUGGCGGACCACAAGGUUCCUUUCUAUGAGGGCAGGAUAGUCCACAAGGCGUGCAGGCGAAUCGACGUAGGGGGAAAGGUGAUGACGAAUCUCCUCAAGGAGACUCUGUCGAGCAGGCAGUGGAACAUGAUGGACGAGACGAUCCUCGUCAACGCCAUCAAGGAGCGUUUGAGUUUCGUCUCGCAGGACCUCGAGCGAGACCUUACGAGAGCGAAGCAGCGGGGCAGGACCAACGACAUCCGACGCCUCUACUCCCUCCCCACCUCCAACACCCCAGGCGUCGCCGGUCAAGACCGACUCGGGCAUGUCAUCGAAGGCGACGAGGCUGCCGCUCGCUCCUCCGCCUCCCCCAUGAAGCGACAGAAGGUCGAGGAAGGUCAAGGAGCUGCGAGCGGCAAGGGAGCUCAGCGCCUGGAGGAGGAGUGCGUGCUUGAGGUUUCCAACGAGAGGUUCACAAUCCCCGAGGUUCUGUUCACUCCCAGGAUGAUCGGCCUCCAUCAGAGUGGUAUCCCUCUCGCUAUCCAGAGCUCCGUCCGUCACUUCGACCCUCCGAUGCACCCACUCAUGUACAGCACUGUCCUCUUGGUCGGCGGCAACGCUCUCAUCCCAGGCUUCCAUGCUCGCAUGCUCGCGGAGGUUCGCUCGCUCGCUCCCUCAGACCUGCACGUCUCCGUCCCUCAGGGUCCUCAACCCGCCAACCUUAGCGCAUGGCGUGGGGGCAUGCGGCUGGUGGGCGCGGGGGCUCUAGAGGGCGCGUGGGUGACGAAACAAGAGUACGAGGAGAAGGGCCACCAGAUCUGCCGCAGCCGAUUUAAGUUUGCGUCUCCUUCUCAGCUGGACUUGUGCUAA